AUGGGAAUCACCAAACCAGCCAUCAGACGCCUGGCCCGCCGCGGAGGAGUUGUCCGUAUGUCCACCACUAUCUACGAUGAAGUCCGCAAAGCUGUCAAAGACCGACUUGAGAAGAUCCUUUACCACUUGGUCGUUGUGUUAGAAUCGAGCAGCACCCAGAGAUUCGAGAGAAAAACGAUCACCACUAGAGAUAUGGGAAAUACAAUUUACGGCUUUGGACCAGUGUAA